AUGAUGGGGAGAACACCAUGCAGUGAUGAAAGUGGUUUGAAGAAGGGACCAUGGACUCCAGAGGAGGAUAGAAUUUUGGUGGAUUACAUUCAGAAACACGGCCAUGGGAGUUGGAGAGCACUUCCAAAGCUUGCAGGAUUGAAUAGGUGUGGGAAGAGUUGCAGGCUAAGGUGGACUAACUAUUUGAGGCCUGAUAUCAAAAGAGGAAAAUUCUCUGAGGAAGAACAGCAACUAAUCAUCAAUUUACAUGCAGUUCUUGGGAAUAAGUGGUCAGCUAUAGCAGGUCAUCUGCCAGGUAGGACUGAUAAUGAAAUUAAGAAUUUGUGGAACACUCAUUUAAAGAAAAAGCUUUUGCAAAUGGGAUUAGAUCCAGUGACUCAUCGUCCAAGACAAGAUCACCUUAGUCUUAUAUCCAAUCUCCAACAGUUGCUGGCUGCUACAAACAUUGUGAGUAAUUUCACAAACACUUGGGAUAUUAAUGCUCUAAAGCUGCAAUCAGAUGCCACACAACUAGCCAAACUCCAAUUGCUGCAAAACAUACUUCAAGUACUUGGUGCUAAUCCUACCUCAAACUUGGAGCUUCUCAAUCCAUUUGGAUCAUCAUCCUCACUGCCAGAAGGUUUUCUGUAUGAAGUUUUAGGAUUGAAUAACUCUAAGCUCCAAAACCUUUAUAAUAGUUCAACUGGUUUUCCUUCUCAAAAUCAGCCAAAUUUCCAAAGCUUUGAAGCCCCUCAUCAGCAGCAAGCUCUAUCCAUUGGGUAUCACCACAUGAAUGGAUGCAGUGAUAGUAAUUGCAUGAAAUUUCAAAAGGUUGAUGAACAACUUGAUGCCCCAAAUUCUUCCUCAACACCGUUGAAUUCUCUUCCAAAUCUUGUUUCAGCCUCACCUGAACGUUCCACUCUCAAGCAAAUGGAAAACAACGUAAACCCAAAUGAGUGUUCUUCCACUUCAACCACCUUUGAAAUGUGGGGAGAUUUCAUGUAUGAGGAAGUAAGCGAUGCUUAUUGGAAAGAUCUCAUAGAGUAA